AUGGUGAAUGUGUACCGGGCCCACCAGCACUCCUGCUUCCUCUACCUGGGCAGCAUCUUGGUGGACGAGUACGGCAUGGAGGAGGGCUGCAGGCAGGGGCUGCUCGACAUGCUGCAGGCGCUGUGCAUCCCCACCUUCCAACUCCUAGAGCAACCCAACGGCCUUCAGAACCACCCCGACACCGUGGAUGACCUCUUCAGACUAGCAGCCAGGUUUAUCCAGCGCAGCCCCGUCACCUUGCUACGGAGCCAAGUGAUGAUCCCCAUCCUGCAGUGGGCCAUCGCUGCCACCACCUUGGAUCACCGGGAUGCCAACUGCAGUGUCAUGAAGUUCCUACGGGAUCUCAUCCACACCGGGGUGGCCAAUGAUCACGAGGAAGACUUUGAAGUGCGGAAGGAGCUCAUCAACCAGGUGAUGAACCAACUGGGCCAGCAGCUCGUCAACCAGCUCCUGCACACGUGCUGCUUCUGCCUCCCACCCUACACCCUGCCCGACGUCGCCGAGGUGCUCUGGGAGAUCAUGCAGAUCGACCGGCCGACCUUCUGUCGCUGGCUGGAGAACUCGCUGAAGGGUCUACCAAAGGAAACGACGGGAGGAGCCAUCCAGGUCACACACAAACAGCUCACGGACUUCCACAAGCAGGUCACGAGCGGUGAGGAAUGUAGACAAGUCUGCUGGGCUCUGAGGGACUUCACCCGCCUGUUCCGAUAGCUGCGGCUCCGGCACGGCGCCUGUCUCCCAG